GGGUCACAUAUGUGCGGGGGGUGCCGCUACGGAUCCACACGAAAAUCCGUGCAGCCGCACCACCCGCACAGAGGAAUGCGGACCCGCGGGCAAGUGCCAUUAGUUCUAAUGGCACGCCGCCCACACUGGAAAACACAACUGUACUGGGAACUGUGCAAGCUGCGUUUUCCAAAGAAGUGCAGGGACUUCUUCCCUGCGUGUCACGGGCACGGGAGUCCAUUCAAAUGAAUGGGCUCUCGUGCCCGUGUGAAACGCGGCCCGCACGGCCGCAUA